AUAACAACUGAACAAAAGGAUAUUAUAGAUAAACUUAUUAGAGUUGAUCACGCUGGUGAACUUGGCGCCAAUUGUAUCUACGCUGGACAAAUGUACGCUACAAAGAAAGCAGGUCCAGGUCGAUCGGAUGAAAUUGAAUUAGUACAACAUAUGUGGGAUCAAGAGAAGCAUCAUCUGAGUACUUUCAAUAAACUCAUUGACGACUUUAGAGUCCGGCCGACGGUUUUAUCACCCGUUUGGAUAGCAGCAGGUUGGUUUAUGGGUGCAUCUACAACAGCACUGGGUAAACAAUCCGCUAUGGCAUGCACAGAAGCUGUUGAAACUGUAAUCGGUGAACAUUAUGAUGAUCAAAUAACACAAUUAAAAAAGUUUGAACAUCUCCACCCAGAUUUAGUAAAAUUGAGAGAAACAUGUGAACAAUUUAGAGACGAUGAAUUAGAGCACCUUGAUACAGCUGUCGAUCACGGCGCUCAACAAGCACCAGCACACGCUUUACUAAGCGCAGUGAUAGGUUCUGCAUGUAAAUUUGGUGUAUGGGCUGCCGAAAAA